AUGGAUGUGAGGGCUUUUAACAAGGCCAAAUCUAAUCAACAAGCUUUGAUGGAUGUUGUCCGUGAUCUUCAAGAAGAUGUUUGGUUGCUUAAGGAAAAGAGGUCGGGUGGUACUUCUGAGGAUGUAUACAGACUAGCCCUUCUAGAUGCAUCACUUGUUGUUGAGGAUGAUAGGGAUGAGGAGGCUGAUACAGAUGUGGAUGAUGAGGAUGACGAGGAUGAUGAUGAUGCCAGUGGGAGUGAUACAGAUGAUGGUACUGGUGAUGAUGAAGAGAUUCCAACAUCUAGAGUUCCGUUUGCUGGAGAUGAUCCUGAUACCUGA